GGACUUAUAGUCUCCCUGAUUGAUGUAUUCUUCUUUGGAGCAUUCUUUUACGGCCUUAACAGUUUAAUAAAUGCCUACAGUGAGCUCGGAGUUUUCGAGAGCUACUGCAAGGGUAACGAUUGCAGCGAACAGCGACGCAUGUUCAGUUACGUAUACGUCACGGGCGUCGUUUGUCAACUGGUCUUCUCUCCUCUGGUCGGAAUCGCAAUAGACCAAGUGGGCCUGAGAUUUUCCAGACUGAUUGCCGCGAGCUUAUUCACAACGGGAUCACUAAUGUUCGCCUUUGCCAACAGACGCACUUCCUACUUGCUCUUUCCUGCAGUCUUUUUCGUCGCUGUUGGUUCCCUUGGUGGUCUGGUUUGCAAUUGUUAUAUCAGCAUCUGGUUCCCCAAAUGUUGUGGACUUCUUCUAGCCGUACAAAGCGGCGCCUACGAUUCGGGUGCGGCUGUCUCAUUCAUCGUGGUUCAAAUACUACCAUGGCUGUCGCUGCAAACAUCGUUCAUUCUCAUUGGUGCGUUGGGGGCGGUCUGUGGUAUACUGAUGGCCGUAUUUUUCCUCACACAACAUGGAAAUCAAAUGGUACCGCCACAAGAGGCACAGGAAGACGCGCCGGAUAAAAAACAGUCAGGAAAAGAAGAAGAACCAGCCCUCAAGCAAGUGGAUUUAGAAAUGGUUAGGAUUAUUGAGGAACGUUAUCCAAGCCUGAAAUCAUGUCUUCUGUCCUGGCCUUACGCACUGAUCAUGUUGUAUUCUUCAGCUGGAAAUUUACGGUUCUCAUACUACAACAGUGGACUUAGCAGACAAGUCAAUGAAUCCUUCAGUAAUGAUCAAGAAUUGGUGAAUGAGCUACUUGAAACAUUUUCAGCAGCAGCUUUGUGUGCCUUCCUUGUUUCACCUCUUAAUUGGUUGAUUAUAGACCUGUCUAGGAGAUAUUACAAACAAAAGCUAUCGCGCGAACUUGAAGACAUUCCAGAAAUUCCUUCAGAUGAAGAGAUCUAUUGGACGAACAUGCGGGCAUUGCUUCCAACUCUGAUGAUUCUACCAACUCUGACUCUCUUGAUAACCAUUACCCAGCUGAUACCUGGCCACCGUUGGCUGUUCUAUUUUCAGUUUGUUGCUGAUAUCUCUUUCCACACCAUGUUGGCUAGGGUAACGUCGACGAACGUGAUACUCGGAUUCCCGGCGGAGCACUUUAGCACCCUGAUGGGUCUUGCUCUCAUGGGUGGUAGCCCUGGUGAAAACGGCUCCACGAACACAAAACCGGAUGAAUCAACUCUCCGGAAAGUCCCAAUAGGCCACCUGUGCCAUAUUAUCCCUUCCACUCUAGCUGCUAACAGUCGUUGGGACCUAAAUGCCAUGACUGAAAUGGCGAGCAGUGCCAUGGAGAACGGACAAACCUCGGUAUUAUUAAAUCCUGCUACUGAAUACUGCUUCCAUACGAUUGA